UAACCAAGUGGUAUAGGAGGAAUUCGUUUGUUAGAAAAGGUCAGCCUUUACAUAAAAGCCCAGUUAAAUGGACAGCUCUAGAAAACUCCACAACACUAUCUUCCAUUUCACUCUCAACUUUGUGCAAUAUUGAAGAGUUUCUUUCAAAGAAGAAUCCAAAUUAUGAGUGGUACAAUGGCCGCAUUCUCAACAAUAAACUUAUUGAAAUCCCUCGUGAAAAACUGACAAUAUCGAAUAAAAUAGGGAGUGGUGCCUUUGGUGAAGUGUAUAGUGGUAUUAUGGUUCAAGAGUUUCCUACGAAAAAGUGCAGACACGUGGCUGUUAAGUCAGUAUUACAAGGGUCUUCUGAGAAAAAUAGAGCCGACUUUUUCCUUGAAGCUUUAACUUUAAGCAAAUUUUCUCACCAAAAUAUAGUAGAGUUUUUAGGAGUUUCAAUAGAGAAAAAUUCCAUUUUGUUAAUUUUAGAAUAUAUGUCAGGAGGAGAUUUGAAGACAUACUUGAAACGCUUAAGAUUAGAUUUGUUACAGAAUGACGAGUCAGACCUUAAAGCAGUUGAUAUGUUGAAUAUGUGUAUUGAUGUCGCAAAAGCCUGUACAUAUCUAGAACAAAUAAAGUUUGUACACAGAGAUAUAGCAGCACGUAACUGUUUAUUAACGUCCAAACAGACAGACAGGCUUGUUAAAAUAGCAGAUUUUGGAUUAGCAAGAGAUAUUAUCGGAUCCAACUACUACAGAAAGACUGGUUCUGCAAUGCUGCCAGUUAGAUGGAUGUCGCCCGAAUCUUUUUCUGAAGGAAUGUUUUCAAGUAAAUCUGAUGUUUGGUCUUUUGGUGUGUUGAUGUGGGAAAUAUUUUCGUAUGCACAAACACCGUAUGGAACAGAUACCAACACAACUGUUGUCACACUGAUAUUAAGAGGUCAGCGAUUACAAAAACCGUCCGUCUGUAAGCUAGCCAUCUACGAUGUUAUGUGUUCAUGCUGGAAAACAGAUCCAGUUGAACGUCCGUCCUUUAAAGAUUUAUUGUCACAGUUGGAGACAUUGAAACAGAUACACCAGAGUGAAAUCAACAAGACUCCAAAAAUAUAUGUCCGGCAAAAGAAGUAUAAUACAUAUACCAAAGAUGAGUUUGAAGGAUCGCCUUUAACAUCAUGAAUUUCAAACUAACUGACAUAUUAUAAAUGGAAUAAUAUACUUUUACCAUAAAUUGUAUGUCGAACUAGAGUUUAUUAAAAUUUAUAUUCAUA